AUGGUACGAAUUAUAGUGAUAGAAGAUAGCUGCUGUAAUGAAUCAUACAGCAUUACAAGAAAUGUUUUAAUACAUACUAUACAACAACGGGCAAUUCACUGUAUCGAAAAUUGCGUAACUAAUAAUAAAAGUAAUAGUGAUAGUGAUGAUGAUAAUGGUGGUGGUGAUGAUGGUGAUGAUGAUGAUGAUGAUCGUGAUGAUCGUGAUGGUGAUGGCGAUGAUAAUGACGAUUAUGGUGAUGAUGGUACUGAUAGAGAUGAUUGA